UUAGUGAAGUUAUAAAUAAAUCUAUCGAGUUUUAUGUUAAACUGUGAAAUACACUAUGACAAAUUCCACCAACGUCUAGUCCGAGGGACGUUUCGAUUAAACCAGGUCUUAGAUGAUCACAGCAUGAAAAGAAAAUUUCACUUCAGCAACGGGAACAUUGUUAAGAAAGUAGGUCUCUUCGAGUCAUUCCUUGCCAUGGAACUUACACCGGAAUGGAAUCAACUAGAGCUCAAUUUACAGCAUCUUACAAACAAGCUGUACGGCACAAAAUUUCAGGAAUGCACCCGGAUUCACAUUCAUCCCAACUGCAGGCUGAGAAGGAUUUACUUCAGUGACAAGCAUUACGAUGAAUGUGAGCUCCCUGAUCUUUUCAAGCUGUUCAGAUCCGAAAAAUCGCCUGACUCACUUCUACAAGACACCAGUAGAGACGAUUAAAAAAAAAAAAAAAAAAAAAAAA